AUGGGUGCAAUCUUGGAUCUUUUAGCAGACAUUAUUGAUCCUGAACGUAUUAACGUCAAAAUUAAUGAAAUAGAUAAGAGCCAAAAAGUAUUUCCAGAUUUAGGUUAUUUAACUGAAGUUGCUCGCAAAAUGAAGAUCAUCAAAGCAGAGAGGAGCGAAGAAGUACAGCAAGAAACCUUUGAUUUCUGCGAAUUUAUCAGAAUUGCAGAUUAUUUUAUUCUUGAAAACCUCCAUAAGCUUUGUUUGAACUGUUGGAAGCAAGCAGAAACAUAUGUACUGCAAUCUUUAUCAUCUAUUUUCCAAGUAGAAGUCUCAUAUGAUGCUAAUGGAAAAGUAAUUUUCACUCCUUCAUUAAAUGAAUUACUUGGAGUUAUCAGACAAGCGUUAGACCAAUCAAUAUUAAUUUUAGAUGGUCUUCCUCGUAUCAUUGGCUCAAGUAAGUUUAGACCUCACUUAAUGAAGAAAUAUGGAAAUUUGCAAGCAUAUUUUGACAAAUGCCCAACAUUUAAGCAAUACACAGAUUGCAACAAACAGUUCUCAAUCAUCAAAAACAGCAUUCUGAAUUCAGUUAAAGAAUCAUAUAUUUCAUCUAACGAACACAGCCGUGGAUUCGAAAAUUUCUACGAUAUAUUUGUUCGUGGAAAAGAAUGGUCUCCGAAAUCUUACAUUAAAUUGCGUGGCGGAGACAAUGUAGUUUUUGAUUUGAUGAAAUUUGCCAGCGAUUAUGAUAGAAAGGCAGCCCAAAUAAAUUAUAAUCCAUCGGAAGAAUUAAUCGUUGAUUUCCGAGUUAUCAGAGAUGAUAUUGAAAAAUUCCGUCAAGAAGAUGUAAGAAUUAAUGAAUUUACAACAUGCACAGUUCAAGGAUCCAUUUAUAUUAACUCAAAAAAUCUCAGGCAAUGCUUAACUCCAAUUCCUGCUCGUUCUAUGCAACAAAUAAAAGAAUGUCUCAAAGAAUUGUUCACAAACAAGAUCGAACAUAUGGGCGCAAUCUUCAGAUUUUGCUCAAAGAGGCUUAAAAAGGAACCAGAAUCGUUAAUUCAAUAUGUUGAUAAUUGCGAAUUCAACGAACUUAUGGAGAAACUCAGUAAAUAUCUUCAUAUCGAGACCACUUUUGUUGAAGAGUUAAGCCACUUGUUAGAUACUCUCGAAUUCCAUGGAACAAGAGGAGCUCACGGAAGAUCUCCUUUAGGAGCAUUGUUAAAACAGUUCGUGUACGACCAAACCAACGCAAAUUCAGUUGCUGACCAAAUGAGGAACACAUAUACCCUUCAGCUUUCCAAUAAAAUCAAAACUGCUCAAGCGAAGAUUUUGGAUUUCGACGAAAGACUUCAUAAAAGUCCACCAGAAAUCAAAUAUGUCAUGCUUCCUGAUGAUGCAAACCAUGCCCAAGAAUUAUUGAACGAAAUAAACUCUUUGGAAACCGAAAUUGCUUUAUUAAACCGUUCACAGAACAUCAUGAAGGCAUUUUUAGCCGAUCUAUCCGAUUUCUACAAAGUCAGAGAUGAAAUAAAGCAGUUGCUCGUUGCUUACGAAGCAGUUUCCAAAUGGCAUGAGAUUGAUAACAUCAUAACAACAGUUCCUUUCAAUUCCAUCAAUAUAAUGGAGUUCAACAAGAAAGUUACUGAUCUAAAUGACAUCAUAAUGAACCUCAAAACCUCUCUUCCUUUGCCAUUAGUUGAUGAUUUAACAGUAAAAAUCGAUUCCAUCGUUCCAUACUUAGAAGUUCUUGAGACAUUGGCCAAUAGUAAGAUGAACUACAAUCAUUGGAACAUUUUGUUCGAACAAUGUGGUCAUCCCAAAGGAUAUUUCCAGCAAAUUAAAAUUGAUGAGCUCAUGCAUCAAGGAAUUCUCUCUCAAACAGCCAAAAUUGAAGAGAUCACAGCCACAGCGCAAGGAGAGAACCAACUUGAACAAGAAUACAAAGUAUUAUUACAGCAUUGGAAAGAAGUUAAAAUGCCAAUUGACGAAACACAGACAAAAACAGAUGAUAACCUCAUGAUUGGCGAUAUUAAAGAUAUACUUAAGGAAAUAGAAGGUGGAAAGAAUACAGUGCAAACAAUGCUUUCAGGACAAUACGUACAAGGCCUCAAACAAAAUGUUUUGGCACUUGGAGCAACAUUAGAUACUUUUUCGAAUGUUUUAAUUGCAUGGAAAGCUUUCCAAGAAAACUGGAUUGUUUUAAAUGUCUUCUUUUCAAAGAAGGAUACAGCCCAAGCUUUACAAUCUUUGUCUUCACAGUUCAUUGGAGUAAGAAGAAGAUGGAUGUCAUUAGUUCGUCAUGCAGCUGAUAAUUUAACAUUAUUCCAUAUUUGCGAAUUCCCUUCGAUUUUGGAAAUGCUUAGAGAAAACAAUGAAUUCCUUAUCAAUAUAAUGAAAGGUGUUUUGAAGUUCAUUGAUCAUAAGAGAUACAUCUUUCCAAGAUUGUUCUUCUUGAGUAAUCACGAAGUCAUGA